CUAUUUUUGCAAAAGGUCUUCUUGGCCAUGGAUACUUGUGCUCUAGUUAUCCAUCAGUCUCUGUCUCGCAUCAAACUUUCUCCUCCCAAAUCUUCUUCUUCUGGUUUCUCUCUUGAAUCUUUACCGAUUAGACGGAGCCAGCUGUGUUUCCGAGGAGCAAUAUGUGCCGCCGUACAAAGAAACUACGAAGAAACGACCUCCUCCGUGGAAGAGGAAGACGAUGAUGAUGAGUCAUCGUACGGAGAAGUGAAGAAGAUCAUUGGAAGUCGAACGGCGGCGGAAUUAGGAGCCAUGGAGUACCUUAUCGAGUGGAAGGACGGCCAUUCUCCGUCGUGGGUUCCAUCGAGCUACAUCGCAGCAGACGUGGUGUCGGAGUACGAGACACCCUGGUGGACGGCAGCUAGGAAAGCCGACGAGCAGGCCCUGUCACAGCUUCUGGAGGACCGAGACGUCAACGCCGUAGACGAAAACGGCAGGACGGCUCUGCUUUUCGUGGCAGGUCUGGGGUCGGACAAGUGCGUAAGGCUUCUGGCGGAGGCUGGAGCCGAUCUCGACCACCGAGACAUGAGGGGGGGAUUGACGGCGCUUCACAUGGCGGCUGGUUACGUGAAGCCGGAGGUGGUGGAGGCGCUGGUGGAGCUGGGCGCUGAUAUUGAAGUGGAAGACGAGAGAGGGUUAACGGCGUUGGAACUAGCGAGGGAGAUUCUGAAGACGACCCCAAAGGGGAAUCCGAUGCAGUUCGGGAGGAGAAUUGGGUUAGAGAAAGUGAUCAAUGUCCUCGAAGGACAAGUGUUCGAGUACGCGGAGGUGGAGGAGAUCGUAGAGAAACGAGGGAAAGGCAAAGACGUUGAAUAUCUGGUCAGAUGGAAGGACGGCGGCGAUUGCGAGUGGGUGAAAGGCGUACACGUGGCGGAAGAUGUGGCCAAGGACUACGAGGAUGGGCUGGAGUACGCUGUAGCGGAGAGGGUGAUCGGGAAGAGGAUGGGAGACGACGGGAAGACCAUCGAGUAUCUUGUCAAAUGGACUGAUAUGUCUGAUGCCACUUGGGAGCCUCAAGACAAUGUCGACUCUACACUUAUUCUACUCUACCAACAAGAACAAGAACAACAACAACAACCAAUGAAUGAAUGAUAUUCUUCUGAAUUUGCUUUUUUCUCAUAUGUGUUGGUUCAUCACACCGGUUCGGUUGGUAUGUAACCGGUACAUUUUUCAUUUUCUUUUAAGAUGUAAUGGUUUUUGGGGACAUUUAUUUGAUUUAUAUCCCAAGGCAUGCUUUGAAUUUUGCUUCCCUUUUUGGGGGGAUUCAUGUGCUGACUUGCUCUUUAUCGUCCCAGGUUAGAAUACAUCGUCUUAGGCUUU